AUGCAACACAACAAUUUAAUAGAAAUUACUCGCUCCUCAUCAUCAUGCAGAAAGCCACCGCUCAUUCAAGUGGUUGGACAGGAAGAAAAUCAACCCCCAAAGGAUGAAACAAAUAGUCUCGUACAUGAUCAUGACCAUUCCGAUGAAAUUCAAAUAUCGGAGCAAAGUGAACCAAUCAUUCAUCGUGAUGAUUUGGAUGAUGAUGGGGAAGAAAAACAAAAUACUGUACUUCCUUCAUUUCUAAAUAAUAUGAUUGCAAAAAAGUCGGAGAACAAGAGUACUUCUCUAGGUGAAGAUAUAUCUUCAUUGCGGCCAUCUUCGUUAUUGAGUAGAAUACGAAAUUUUCUUCCGCUCAUUGAACAAGCAAAUGCUCAAUUAAAACAUAAAUUAUCGGAAGAUGAUGUGGAGGAAUGUGUUGAAAUUAUUGGAUACAAUGAAAGUGAUGAGGAAGAUGAUGACAACCAGGAAAAAGAACAAGACUCGGAGACUCAAAAUUUCUCUCCUAAAUCAAAAAAACGAAAAAUUCAACAGCAUGAAGAAGAGGAGCCCUUUAAACCAUAUAUCGAAAUGAAUGUCGCAUUGGGAGUAUUGGAGGAAAAGAAAAAAGUGACUGCCAAGGGCUCUAUGAUUCAAGAAGUGACGGGAGAGGGAACUGACUCCAUUGAAAACCAUCAACACUCGUCAAGUGACGAGGCAGAAUCAAACGAGGAAAAUACACUGAGAAUCGGAAACGGAAUUACGCCAUUGGAGGAAAGACAGCAAGAACAAGAUUUUAUGGCUUACAUGAAUUUGGUGUCGUCUCUAUUAGGAAAUAAGAGCAAUUCAGCUGUUAAUUAUGACAGUGAUACCAGUAGUGAUAAUGAGCAACAAGAGGUCACUUAUGACGACCAAAAUGACGAAAAUUCAGAAAGCCAAGAGAGCGAUGAUAUCACGUCCAAAUAG